CGCGAUACUUCCGGCGGAGGCCUGGGACGACGCUGAGGCCUUUUGGCAGCCGCGGGGGACAUGUUGCGAACGCCAUCCCCUUCUUCCUUGGCGCCUCGCCUCCACCGCAAGCGCUCCCGGUCCCAGGACCGGAGGAGCGGGGCAGGGGCGAACUGGGGCCGCCGCUGGACGGGGCCCGAGGCCUGGGGGACUGAGGCGCCCCCCGUGGAGACGGCAGCCCGGCCAGGCCCGGCCCUCUCGCCCGCCCGCCGGGACGAGCAGAAGGGCUGGAGUGGGCGGCCCAGGAGCUUUUCCCCGGCUGAGCCGUGGGUCGGGCCUGACCCCCUGAGGCCCCGUGGCAGCUCUCCUAGGGAGGCUUCUUGGGACCGCAACGAGGAAGGCGGGGGCUUCGGCCAGCCUCGUCGGUCAUGGAGUCCCGAGCCGGACAGCGGCUGGUGGAACAGCCCUGCGAGCGCAGCAGGAGGUCGCCGGAGCCCCAGCUCGGGGCGGGCGGCUGCAGACAGCCCCGAAGCGCUCCGUAGGCAGCGGAGCCCCGACGGAGAUACAAGGGCCUGGGGGAGCUCCGGGCGGGAGGCGAACUGGAAACGCCCUCGGAACGCGGGACGCCCUGCCUGGGAGCAAAGGCGGGGGGGCCCCGGAGAGGCUCGUAGGAGGCGGGGCGCCACAGAGAGGAGGGGAGCGGACGGCCAGCGGUUUAGGAGCCAAGAUAGGGGCUGGGGGAGGGAGGCCCGGCAGGAACACCAGGGGAGCAUCAGCAGCUGGAGUCAGUCGAGCAGGGAGCAGGCGGUGGGUAGCCCUAAUGGGACUGGAGGUAGGUGGGGCAGGACUGAGAAGAGGGGCAGAGAACAGCUCAGCCCCUCUGGAAGACAAAGCAGUCGGGGCAGCCCCAAAAGGGAGGCAAGGCAGAAAUUCUGGGGGAGCAGCAGGCACUAUAUGAGGGGGAAGCACCAGGUAAAUCCUGAUGAGGCUGGAAGCAGGUGGAGUUCUCCGUGGGGGAAGGAAGAGGAGGGUCAGAAUGAGGAGGGUUCAGAUAGUCCUGAUAGAGCUGCAAGAGGGCGGGACAGCCCCGUGGGGUAUGGGGGAGGUGAGAGUCUAGGUGAAGCUACAGCAGAGCAGGAUAGCCCUGAGAGGGAAGGGGAGGAGAAGGGAAGGUAUAGUGCAGGCAGUGCUGAGAUGAGCGCUUCCCACACACACAGUGAGGGAGGCAGGAGGUUUGGCCAGCCUCCUCUAUCUCUGGCAGCUUCUGUUGCCACUGACAGCUCUGCAGCCCCAAAGAAGUGGACACCACGCGAACCAGUGGUGUGUUGGUGGAUGCAGUGCCGGAGCAUCCUGGUAAAAAAGUUGAGGGAGCAGCAGAUGGCCAUCUGCCCCCGUCCCACCUUGCCGGACAAGACGGCAGAAACCCCUGAGAUCAACCCAGGCAUGCUGUCCUUGCUGAAUCAGCAGCAAGAGAAAGAGCUACGAAGAUCCACAUAUCCCUCACGCCUGCUCCAGGACGAGGUUCUUGACAUGCUGGCCCCAGCCAUGACCAUUUAUGAGAUGGUAGAGGAAGCGAUGGAGAAGGGGGAGCCAGUGGACCUCAUGGAGCUGCGUGAGUGGGUCCGCCGUCUCAUUCGUUUUAUUGGCAGCGUCAAUCAGAGGCUGACCUUGCAGCGCCGUUACCAGGUCCUCGGCAUCAUCAAUCCGCGGCUCAAGUCAGUGGUGUCCAAACUGAGUGGCCAAAGUACUGAUGGGAUGCUCUUUGCGGAAGACAAAGUAAAACUUUUGAAGGAGAUCAUUAAGCGGUUCCCGCAGCUGGCUGAAACCAGGAGCAAAAUGCCUCCGAAAGGGUUUGAUAGGCUUGCUCGAACAGCCUACUACAAAAAGGCCCAGAGAAGACCCUUUGUGGGGUCCCACUACAAGCCACAACGCAGUGGCUUUGAAUUCCAUAAACGAGGCACAGUGGACCGGCGAGUGGAACAGAGGCACCGCCAAGGAGCCGGAGCAGAGGGUCCAGCUGAGCAGUGCUGAGGGGCCAUGUGGCGCUCGUGAUGUUGUUGCCCUUGCCAGCUGCCGUUUCUGAGAAUUCCUUUGCACAAGAAGCACCUGUGGCAUCUCAUCCUGUGAGCAACUCCCAUCUUCCCGGCCUGUGUACAGGGGCAUCAGAGGAUACGAGGGGAAAGCUCAGCGUUGACCUGGUUGGCAUCUGCUUCACUACAGCAGCCGGGAAGGGAGCACUGGGCCCAUUGCAGCUCACAACAAAGGCCACCUCGCUCCGUGGAACCGACUUGGUCCUGCAGAGCUUUUCCUCAGGUGGCUCUGGCCUUUGGCCGCGUUCCCCUGCAUCUUCCCAUGAAGGAUUCAUUUGGCCUUGCUGCAGUUCCUUUGGCAUAUAACAACUUUGUUCCUUUUGCUAUUCCUGUAUGGGCAGUUUUCAGCUUUCGUUUUCACAGAAGUGUUUUGUAAUCACCUUGCGGAAUUUCCUCUCUGGGGAUGGUUCCUCGGGCUUCAUCCCUCAGCUUCUGCCGGGAGAGUGGCUGAGGAGAGUGUCUUGGAAAGCAUCCCUAGCUCCCCUGACCUGGCUCUGUGUGCUACGCAAGGAACACACCUCUGGAUCACCUUGGUAACUGACAGUGAUCCCUGCGGUCCUGGGGAGCCCUGCUCUUCUCCCAUGGGUGAAUUGUUGUGGAAAUCAGCUCCCUAAUACAUGUUCCUAUAAAGGGGUGAGGGAGUGCUGUAGAGGGGACUGAUGUCUUCGUAAGGAUGUGUCAUGCAGCUGUCCCCUCUUAUGGCAAGUUGGGUGGGUGGGGGCCCUGUUUACUUGUUUGGUUAUUCCUAUGUUCAGCAGUUGACUAUUGAAUAAAAAUUGUUGUGACUGAAAGUC